CCCCCCCCCCCCCCGAGUGUGAUGGCGAGUGCGGGCUUUGGGAUGAGACUGUCGCUGCAUCCUGAUGCAGUGCCAACUUUGUUCCCUGACACGGACAACUUCAAGGCAUUACAGCCGAAAGCCCUAAGGCCAGACGAGUUAGGAGCCCCCAAACGGAAACGUGACAACUAUGGUGCUUUUGCCAAGAGAAAUCGCAAAACGGCUCGAAGGCGCACAAGGAAUUACUGUUGGUCAUCGGAAGCAAGCGUCUUCUCUCUGACAUUCGCAUGCUGUCACCAGCUGAACAGACCUCGAUGCUGGAGGCUCAACACAAGGUGGUCUGCCAAUUUGCGCCAAAAUUUGUCUGCUUUUCAUACGCAGCAAUGAAACAGAGAUUGCAUCUGGCAGCCCUGCAUUCCGUUUCUAAUGCGCACAGGAAACAUGCAGAGAAGAAGAACGGCGAAAAGCGCUACAGGAUUUCGUAUCCAAAGUACAAGGCGGGACACCAUGUCGUGAAACCUGUCAAAGAGGCCUGCAAUUAUGAUUAUGUCACAGAGCUCAUGGUUGAAUUGCUGCAAUUAAAACAACAGUUCAAGAGCACCCGGAUUGCUAAGCAGGCAUCUUCUUCCAUUCUGUUCUCUCCACCACCAUUAGCAUCAUCUGCGAAGAAAAUUUUAAAGAAUGAAGCAGUGCAGUUGCACCGCUCUAGGUUUAAUUAAUUACAGUAAUUGGAAACAACUUGGCAUGCCAUUUGUCAUGUAUUGCUCCAGCUGGGUUUAGUGUACGUGCGUAAGGUGUCAUCCCAGAUUAGCCUGUGCCAUAUAUGUUUGUAAUUAAUUAAAAAAAUCCUCGCGCUGGAAAGAUGGGACAAAGCGUGCGCAAAAUAUCUCGUCCCAUAUUAGCCUGUGUCCCUGAUAAGACUGUGCAGACUCGACGUGAAAACAUGAUAUGCCCCAAGUUUUAUAUGACAAUGUCUACGAAUGUGCCCUUUUGACAAAUUAGAACCUAGCUGAAGCACUGAUCACGUAUUGUUUCAAAUUAACAUAGCAACUACAAUUAUUUUUUUGAAAAAUGUGAAUGUAUUAUUUUGACAAAUAUGCUGUAAUAAUAGUUUUCCCAUUGUGUGCUAUACUGUUAGUAUAAAAAUGUUAAUGUCAACACCUUUAUUUUUAAAUGUUGGGACCAUGUAGUGUUUUUUGUGUGAUAGUAUUGGUCUGUAAAAGAUGUUUUAGAAGUCAUUUUGUUAAAGGUACUUAAUAUGACUCCAUGACAAGUUGUAUUGCAACAUUGUGCUAGUAAAGCUCAUUUACUUAUUCCGUCCAGUUUUCUAAAACUUGUCGUCAGGUUACAAGUUGUUCUGUUGUUGUGUCUGUGGUAAUUUAUAUUUUUAGAU